AUGUCGUACCACCCACAGAACAAACAAGAUCACAGCAAUCAUCUAGAACCAGCCCAUUAUCAACAAUAUGGUUCAGAGACAAGUUCGGCCCGUUCUUCCAUUGGGUAUAUCGAAGAACAACAAUUUCAAGACGAGAGUUAUAACCCAAUACCUAAUCAAAUCAGUAGUAAUGAUAAUACAAGUAUAGAAUCUACAAGUCUUCAUGAAGCUCAACAAUAUGCCGUACAUUCAAGUAAUUUUACAUCAUCAAGAAAAGUAAGUAAAAUAUCAGAUAAUGAUAAACAUUAUAGAACUUUUUCAAGGGCUUUUUUCUUUACUUCACUUAUAUCAGCAAUUCUUAUACUUUUAUUUGAAGCUUAUAUGUAUGCUGUUAUUAAUAUUCAUCGUGAUCGAUUCAUUGAAGGAAGAUACGAAGAAAAUUCUAUUUAUUUUGCCCUUUUCAUCUUUGCGGCUAUUUUCCAAGUUUUAAUAACUAUAAUUGCCCUUUAUUCACGUAAUUUAUUAUUAUUGGUGUUUUUAAUGGGGUUUUAUUGUGCAAUGUUGGUUUAUACUGGUAUUCAAUAUAAUGAAGUUUCUGACAAUAUUUCAUUUGUUUUACAUGGGUCUUGGAAAGCAGCAACUAAAGCCAUGAAUAUUGCUACUAUUUGUGUUAUUGCUGUUACAUUGAUUGUACAAUCAGCUUUGUUGUUUUUCGGAUUAAGAAGAUAUGUUAGUUGGUUUAUCUUCAAGAAAAUUGGUGCCAGUUUAGAAUUGAAGAAGAUGUAUGCUAUUUUCCAAAUCCAUCGUUCUAUAUUAAUGUUUGAUUUUUUCUUUUUCACAGGGUUCACUAUUCAAUUUUUGGUUAUUAUGGUUAGAAAUAGAGCUUCUGUCGAGUUUAUCUUGACUGUCAUUGUUAUUCCAUUGACUAUUGUUGUAUUAUACAUUAGUGAUAUUUCAGCUACCAGAGAAUUUAUUUAUGGAUCAAUACUUGCAGUCUUACUUUAUUUAUGUGGAAUUGCUUAUGUUUUAUUCAAGAUUAUUAGAUUAUACACAAAGUAUACUUCUGCUUAUGGAUUAGCAAUCCUACCUGGUGAAUAUUUUAUGGGUAGAAAAUCCUUAUUAACUUUUGGUAUUAUUACAUUAGCUUUAUUGGUGGCAACUGUUGUGCUUGAAAUUAUGGUUAUGAUUAAUUUCAAUAAAGGUUUAUUGCCUUCUGUGAGUAUGUCUUAUAAAUGGAUUCCUGGGUGCAAUAAGAAUGACCAUCAAAACGAAGUCGUCAUUGAUGAUGAUUAUGGUAGAAACGAUCUUGAAAAGAGAAAUACUUCUAAUUCUAAUAGUUUAUGUAUUGAUUAA